AUGCAAUCCCGAAAAAUUGUAUGCCAUAAAUUAUCCACCAACUUUCGCGAGUGUACAGCUAUCGUGGCUUUCACAAUCCCGGAGCUCAAGCAAGGGGAGGUGCUGAUGCAAACAAAGUAUUGCGGCGUCAACGCCUCCGACAUUAAUUACACAAAUGGCAUUUAUUUGCCAGGCGUGUUGCCACCUUUUGAUUGUGGAUUCGACGCCUUGGGCAUUGUGCUGGAGGUUGGUCCAGGCGUCUCGCGUCUCAAAAAAGGCGACGCUGUAGUAUUUACAUCUUAUGGUGCCUUCUCCGAGCACAUAGUGGCCAAGGAGCGCUCAUUGGUCAAGGUUCCAGUCGCCAUCCCAGAGGUGCUACCGAUCACACUAUGUGGUUUAACGGCGUCCAUAGCACUCGAACAUGUUGGCGAGAUGAAGCACGGGGAGACUGUGCUCGUCACGGCCGCUGCCGGCGCAACAGGUCAAUUCGCCGUGCAGCUGGCCAAGCUUGCUGGCAACCACGUGAUCGGCACGUGUAGCUCUCCUGAAAAGGUGGAAUACCUACACUCAAUUGGCUGCGAUCGUCCCAUUAAUUAUCGCAGCGAAAACGUUUUUCAUGUACUUAAGAACGAGUAUCCCCGUGGCGUGGACCUUGUAUUCGAGAGUGUGGGAGGCGAAAUGUUUCAGACGUGUGUUGACAAUAUUGCGCGUAAAGGCCGUAUUAUCGUAAUUGGAGCAAUUGCUGGAUAUCAGGAUUCGAGUUCGUGGAAGCAAAAGCUCACAAAACCAGAGAUGCCAUUACCUUCGAAACUGCUCGCUAGGUCAGCUUCUGUUCGUGGCUUCUUAUACAAUGAUUAUCUUCGUGAGAUACACACGCACACAAAGAAGCUUACGACACUGGUACAGCGCGGAGUGCUGAAGGCUGGCGUGGAUCCGUCUAACUUCUGUGGGCUCGAAGACAUUCCUAAUGCCAUUGACCACAUGUAUGAGUGCAAGAAUAUUGGGAAGAUCAUUGUGGAUAUUUCUAAGGGAACCUCCAGACUUUAA